AUGACUACUAAUAAGAAAGACAACGAGGACAUCGUGGAAGCUCUAGCUUCCACGAUAAAGCUGGUCGAUAAGGAGGUUGCCAAAUAUGCUACAGAUACAGCGAUUCAUAUCGAUCAGGCGACCAACAAACGAUUACGACGAAUGAUCGAUAAGCGAGUCCUGGUGGUGAUGAUGUUCACAUACUUGAUCCAAACGUUGGACAAGGGGGCAAUGUCUUUUGCUUCAAUUAUUGGAAUCAUGGAGAAUGCGCAUUUGGCCGACAAUCAGGUCCUACCAAUGGUUGACCACGGUCGUUUUGCCAACAUCAUCCUCAAAUCAUUCGACUUCAGCACUUGGGAAAGCCAAUUUCUCUCCAUGGUCAUCGGAGCAGUUACGACUAUCACCAUGGUUGUCUCCGCCUACCUCGAUCUAUCGUCUCUCUCGCUCGCUCUUCUCUCGCGGAAUGCCGCCGGUCAAACCAAGAAAUCAAUCAUCAUUGCCUGCAACUUCGUCUUCUGGGCUGCAGGUAACUCAAUUGGUCCACAGGUGUUCCGUGAUAAAGAUGCGCCACGGUAUUAUCUCGCUUUCUCGAUCCUGCUGGGGUGCUUUGGUCUUGUCUUCCUUAUUCUUUUCGCCUUGAGAGUUUGGUAUAGUGUUCAGAAUCGGAAGCGGGAUGCUAAGAUUGCGUCCGGAGAGGUUAUUCCGGAUGUCAACUAUACUCACGGCUUUGAAGAUAUCACCGAUCGGGAAAACCCUCAUUUCCGAUAUGUUUACUAG